GAACAAACAAGCCCAAUUUUCUCCCCUACGCUUCGACUCAAUCUCUGACCUUUGACUUCUUCUCUUUUCACCUUCACUUUCCAUCUUCAACACGUCAAUAAUCUCAUUCAUUAAUCUCCUUCAUUCACUCGUUCUUUGAGACUUUUCCUCCUACAACUCACUCCUUGCUUCUUCUGUUUGUACACUCAUUUGAAACGUCCUACACCAUGAAGUCCUCCAUCCUCGCCGUCCUCGGUGGUGCCUCCACUGCCCUUGCCGCCGUCCGUGGUUUCAACUACGCCUCCCAGGGUCAAAGUUACGAUGGCUUUGCCAGUCAGUUCAACACUGCUGCUUCUCUGGCUGGUGCCGAUGAUUUCACCAGCGCAAGAUUAUACACAAUGAUCCAGGAGGGCACAACAAACACCCCUAUUGAUGCAAUUCAGGCUGCCAUCGACACCAACACCACCCUUUUGCUGGGUCUCUGGGCCUCGGUGGAUCAGUCCAGCUUCGACAACGAAAUCACGGCCCUCAAGAGUGCCAUCUCACAGUACGGCUCCUCCUUCGCCGAGUUGGUUGUUGGUAUCUCCGUCGGUAGCGAGGAUCUUUACCGUAUCUCGGAAACUGGUAUCGCUGCCGGCAGCGGUGUCGGCCAGUCUCCUGAUGUCCUUGUUGACUACAUUGGUCAAGUCCGUAGCGCCAUCAAGGGCACAUCUUUGGGCUCCAAGCCUGUCGGUCAUGUCGACACCUGGAACGUCUACGUGAACGGCUCCAACUCCGAUGUUAUCUCCAACUGCGACUUCUUGGGCCUCGACGAGUACCCGUACUACCAGACCACCGAUGUCAACACCAUUGGAAACAGCUCCUUCCUCUUUUUCCAAGCCUACGACAGAGUUCAAGCCGUCUCUGGAGGCAAGCCAAUCUGGAUCACCGAGGCUGGCUGGCCCGUUUCAGGACCAACCUCCAACCUUGCUGUUGCCAGCGUCGAUGAUGCCGAGACAUUCUGGCAAGGAGUUGCAUGUGCUCUCGAGAACCGUGGAAUCAAUUUCUGGUGGUACAUCCUCAAUGAUGAAGGGUCUUCCCCAUCAUUCGGUGUCAGCAGCGGUGGUAAACCCCUCUACAACCUUGCCUGCAACGCUACGGCUGGGUACACCUCGACUUCAUCCAGCGCCUCUUCUACUGCCACAGCUUCCAAGAACGGCACUGCCACAGCCUCCCACGGAUCAGGCUCGGGUAGCUCUUCAGUGACUUUGACCACCGUCACUGCAUCUGGUGCUGUUGGUGCGGGUCCCUCCGCUGCUGUUCCUGCUACCGCUACUGGUUCUUCCGGUGCUGGUGCCACAGGCGCUGCUGGAGCAACCGCCACGCAGACCCAAGGCGGAGCAACGGGAACUGCUCCUGUCGCUACCUCCACCUACACCGGAGCUGCUAUCAGGUCUGAAGGAUCCAUGGCCGGUCUUGCAAUUGGUGCUCUGGUCGCUGCUUUGGUCUUGUAGACAUGGGAACAUAUUGACAACCAUCUCGACAACUGGACAUUAUUUGCAUUGGGUUUGGAUAACAAAAUUCGUGGGUUACCUGACUGGAACAUAGAUCAUUGGACGGCAUAAUUGAUUACAUUAUACAUUUGCCUAUUUGCUAGAGCUGUUGCAGAAUCUUGCUCGAGUGCUUUUUGUCGAUCGCGUCUAUGAAACGUGCUGGGUCUGGACCGCCAGCCUCCAAUGACAUUGGUGUCUUUGCAACGGAGUACUAAUUGGUGCUGU